CGCGUCCCCAACGUCCCGGGUCCCAACGCCCCGGAACGCGUCCCCUAACGGCCACCGCGUCCCCGGGACGCCAUGGGAGAUCCGCGCUGUGCCCGGCUACUGCUACUUCUGCUGCUACCGCUGCUGCUCACACCGCCCGCCGGGGAUGCCGCGGUCAUCACCGGGGCUUGUGACAAGGACUCUCAGUGUGGAGGAGGCAUGUGCUGCGCCGUCAGUAUCUGGGUCAAGAGCAUUAGGAUCUGCACACCGAUGGGCCAAGUGGGAGACAGCUGCCACCCCCUGACUCGGAAAAGUCAUGUUGCAAAUGGAAGGCAGGAAAGAAGAAGGGCGAAGAGAAGAAAGAGGAAGAAGGAGGUUCCAUUUUGGGGGCGGCGGAUGCACCACACCUGUCCCUGCCUGCCAGGCUUGGCGUGUUUAAGGACUUCCUUCAACCGGUUUAUUUGUUUGGCCCGGAAGUGAUCACUUUGAAGUAGAAACUUGAAAUGUGAACCUCCGCUGCACAAUGUAUGUCAAGUCUCACUUGUAAUUGUGUCAAACAAAGAAUAUGCCAGAAAGAUAUGUUCUCCCUCCCUCCACUUUCCAAGUAACGUUUCUGUCUUUGAUUUUUGAAGUGGCUUUUUUUUUUUUUUUCCUUUUUUGAAGGAGAGUUUUGAUUUUUUUUUUUUUUUGGAGAGAUUUAUAGAGGGCGAGGCUUUCUGGAAUGGCGUCUCAUUUCCCUGUUUAUGUUUUGCCUUGACAUUUUUUGAAUGCCAAUAACAACCGUUUUUUCACAAAUAGGAGAAUAAGAGUGAAUGUUCUAUUGCAGAAAUUUCCUUUUGCUCUUUGCCUCACCUCUGCCUGUCCUGCCCAGUGCCCAGACAGACACACCCUUACUCUUCAAAGACUCUGAUAACUCUCACCUUAGUCUAGCGUUGCGGGGCCUCUACGCUCCUGGGCUUGCUGGUAGACCCACUGAGGAGGCUCAGAGAGCUAGCCCUGGACAGGUUUGAACCAGACCCUCCAGGCAGCUCAUUGGGGGCAGACGUUGGAAGUACUCCAUGAACUUCCCUGCACCCAUCUGGCCCGCUGGCUUUCGUUUCUGCUGUUUAACUGGUGGGAGGACAAAAUUAAUGGGACACUGAAGGAACCGGGUCCAUUUUUCUAGAUUUGUUUAAGUAAAAGACAUUUUCUCCUUAGUGGAAUAUUGCGUCUUUUUCUUUUUUAUUUGAAGCUUUUUCCUUUUUUUUUAAAGUCUUCUUGUUGGAGACAUUUUAAAGAAUGCCACUUGAGGAAGUAUUGAUUUUCAUCUGGCAUGACAGGAGUCAUAAUUUUAAAAAUCGGUGUUAAGUUAUAAUUUAAACUUUUAUUUGUAACCCAAAGGUCUAUUGUAAUGGAUUUCCUGAUAUUCUGCCAUUUGUACUGGUAUCAAUAUUUCUAUGUAAAAAAUUCUGUAUCAGAAUAAUGACGAUACUGUAUAUCCUUUGAUUUAUUUUGAUAUUAUAUCCUUAUUUUUGUCACGGCUGUCAA